AUGUCGACUCCAACCCCAGGCGGGUUCUCUCUAUUCCCGAGUCCCAACUCAUCGAAACCACUGCCUGUAUCACGGAACCAAACGCCAAAACCUCGCCGUUCUGAAUCUCGUGAGAGGAGAGCUCCGACGCCCAGUGACAGACGAGCUCCUACACCCAGUGACCGACGGGCCGCAACACCACAGGCGAUGUCUCCAGAACCAAGACCGGCGUCGCCGAGACAGACUCCCCAGAAUAGAGCUCACACACCCAUUGAAUUCGAGCCCGUGCAGAGUGAACCGCCCAAGCCUGUAAAGGUUCAACGACCUAGACCGACGGUGCAAAUCCCUGGACGGUCUGAUACUGGCUUUGCGCAGGGUAACACCCUUGUUAGAAGUAGCAGUGAUCGAUCACGAAGUUCAAUCGCAAAACCACCUUUGGGGGGUGAAGCUCCUGCGCAGCCUUUACGGUCUAUCUUCCCGGCUUAUAACCCAGAAGUACCGCUCGGUCAACAGAACUAUGUCCCCACAGAGAUCCAACCAACUCAGAUGCCACGAGCUGUCAUAAGUCGUCAGACAUACCACGAAACACCCUCCGGAUCAGCCCCUCGAAAUCCCGUUAGAAGUCCAGUCAUAAGUCCCAUGAGCGUUCAAUCAGCGCAAUCUUCAUGGCCACAUCGCAACGUCCAACAACAGGAACCACCGCUGAUUCCAACGGUUAGUUCGAAUGAACAGCUCAAGAACUACUGGAAAGUCGCAAACGGAUGGCAAGCUUCACCAUCAGAGGGAAGAGUGUACUGCAUGAAACUAGCUCAAGAGAAAGAUGCACCAGUGUAUAGCCUCUCAUCAGCAUCACAGCCAUUCUACAACCUCCGUAUAGAUCCAACGUCUGCUUCGGCAUAUGUUACUCUCACACGACAUGAUCCCAACAAACCGUACAAAGCGCCCAAGCCUGAAGCUAGUUCUUCAGCGAGCAGUAUCAUCAGCGGUGUUGUCGGGCACAACAGUAAUUCGUCUGGUACUAAAAUCACCGAUACAAAACACUGGCAAGAAGCGCUCACCACGACCCUCGAGGAAGAAUCCCGUCGUCAUCCUCCAAACGAUGGCCUCGUCGCUCUUCUCAUGCCAACGCCCGCUACAAAAAUGGCCAUCGAGCGCGCUCAAGAUCCUCAGUCCGUCAUGCUAGCAGAGCGCGAAUGCGCCCGUCUCGUCUGGGACGAAGACAGUUCGCACCAUUUCCUCGUACACCCGUCCCUCGCAACACCAUUCUGCGUGACCAUCGAGCGCUCACCGUCUUGGUCGCGCGUAGAAUAUACCCUCGAGCACAACGAAUCACCCCAACAUCUCGCCAAGCUCACGCGCGAUGGCACAGGCGGUGGGUGGCUCGAGAUCGACACUGGCAUCGCCGCAAAGAUAGAGUCCUACUUCAUAGUCGACGUCGCAGUCACAGCUCUUAUGCUCGUCGCAUCAGCGGAUGAGAAGAAUACUCCGGCCAUGGAAGUAUUUGAACCACCGCCUCCUCUCAUCCUCACAGCCAAGCAGGAAAAGCGGCUGAGCAAAAUCGGCAAACGCGAUGAGCGAAAGAAGCGCCACAUGGAGUCGUUCGAGAUUGACGUUGAGAGCCAAGACGAGAGUCUGGGUAAAAGCAAGCCGCGAGAGAAGGAGGAUAAAUUACCCUUUUUGAUCCGCGUGAUCGUCAAGAUUGUCAAGGGCCUGUUUGCGUGCUUCAUCUGGAUAUUGACGAUAAGCUUCAAAUGCGUCGGUUUCGCAUUCAAGGGGUGUUAUAAGUGUAUAGGAUCAAAGUAUUAA